CAGCUGACGGCGGGGCCGGGGCCGCUCGGUGCCCGCCCGCCGCGGCCUGCGAGCCGCCGGGGACGGGGAUUUGGGGACGGGGACGGGGACGGGGGGGGCUCCGUGAGCGCUGCGGCACCCACACGGAGCCGCCACCCCCGCUGGGAUGAGCGGGAGCGGCGCCCCCGGGCCCGGCGCGGCUCCCUGCCGCUUCGCCCACUACUUCGUGCUCUGCGGCAUCGACGCGGAGAGCGGGCUGGAGCCCGACGAGCUGGCAGUCUUGUACAAAUGGCUAGAAGCAGAUCUCCAUGGCAAGAGCUCAGAUACUGCAAACAAAGCCUCAGGAGAGAAUUUUGACCAGAGUCCCUUAAGAAGAACCUUCAAGUCCAAGGUUUUGGCCCAUUAUCCUCAGAACAUUGAGUGGAACCCCUUUGACCAGGAUGCAGUCAACAUGCUGUGUAUGCCCAAAGGGCUGUCUUUCAGGACGCAGGCCGAUAACAGAGAUCCGCAGCUGCAUUCGUUCAUAAUCACCAGAGAAGAUGGCUCUCGUACGUAUGGGUUUGUGCUCACGUUCUACGAGGAGGUCACAAGCAAGCAGAUCUGCACAGCCAUGCAGACGCUGUACCAGAUGCACAACGCGGAGCAAUACAGCAGCGUCUGCGCCUCGUCCUCCUGCAGCAUGGACUCCCUGGCCAGCAGCAUCGACGAGGGUGACGCCACUUCCCUCGCCAAGCUCCAGCGGUACAACUCCUACGACAUCAGCAGGGACACGCUGUACGUCUCCAAAUGCAUAUGCCUCAUCACCCCUCUGCCCUUCAUGCAAGCCUGCAAGAAGUUCCUGGUCCAGCUCUACAAGGCGGUCACCUCCCAGCAGCCGCCGCCACUGCCCCUGGAGAGCUACAUCCACAACAUCCUGUAUGAGGUGCCCCUGCCUCCCCCGGGCAGGUCGUUGAAGUUUUAUGGGGUUUACGAGCCCAUCAUUUGCCAGCGACCUGGGCCCAACGAGCUGCCGCUCUCUGACUACCCGCUGCGGGAGGUCUUCGAGCUGCUGGGUCUGGAGAACCUGGUGCAGGUUUUCACCUGUGUGCUGCUGGAGAUGCAGAUCCUCCUGUACUCGCAAGAUUACCAGCGCCUGAUGACGGUGGCAGAGGGGAUCACGACGCUGCUGUUCCCAUUUCAGUGGCAGCACGUGUAUGUCCCCAUCCUUCCUGCCUCCCUUCUGCAUUUUCUGGACGCUCCUGUUCCCUACCUGAUGGGGCUGCAGUCCAAGGAGGGAACCGACCGCUCCAAGCUGGAGCUGCCUCAGGAGGCAAAUUUGUGCUUUGUGGACAUCGACAACCAUUUCAUUGAACUGCCAGAGGAAUUUCCCCAGUUCCCCAACAAACUGGAGUUCAUCCAGGAGAUCUCCGAGGUCCUCCUGCAGUUUGGGAUCCCACCGGAGGGUAAUCUGCACUGCAGCGACAGCGCCACCAAACUCAAGAACCUGGUGCUUAGUGACUUGGUGAAUGACAAAAAGAAUGGGAACAUCCCUGGCAAUGCCCUCAAUAUGUACGAGCUACUGAAAGGCAACGAAACCAUUGCCCGCCUGCAAGCUCUCGCCAAGAGAACAGGCGUGACGAUGGAGAAGAUGACCAUCACAGCUCCCCUGGUGGAAAAAGAGAAGGAUGUGAAAUUGCAGUGUGAAGAGGUGGAGCUGAGGGACUACAAACUGAACGUGCAGCUCCGGGAGGUGUUUGCCAACCGCUUCACACAAAUGUUUGCAGACUAUGAGGCGUUCGUCAUUCAGGCUGCCCCUGAUCUGGAAUCGUGGCUGACCAACAGGGAACAAAUGCAGAACUUCGACAAAGCUUCCUUCCUCUCGGACCAACCUGAGCCUUACCUCCCAUUCCUGUCGCACUUCAUCGAAACACAGAUGUUUGCAACCUUCAUAGACAACAAGAUAAUCUCCCAGUGGGAAGAGAAGGACCCUUUCCUGCGAGUUUUUGACUCCCGAAUUGAGAAAAUAAGGCUGUAUAACGUAAGGGCCCCUGCACUGCGGACAUCCAACUAUCAGAAAUGCAGCACUCUGAAGGAAGCAGGUCGCCUGUCUAUUCAACGUCUAGUUUUGGUAGAUAUUGUGGCACCGGAACCUCAUUUUCUGUGUCUUGAAAAGCAGCAAACUGAUACCCAGUCCAUCGAGCAGCGGCUGAUGAAGAUCGAUCACACAGCCAUCCACCCACAUUUACUUGAUAUGAAGAUUGGUCAAGGGAAAUACGAACAAGGAUUUUUCCCAAAAUUGCAAUCAGACGUCUUAGCAACAGGACCUACCAACAACAACCGUUGGGCCAGUCGCAGUGCCACCACGCAGCGGAGGAAAGACCGCCUCCGGCAGCACUCGGAGCACAUCGGGCUGGACAAUGAUCUGAGGGAGCCCUCGGAGGAGCUUUUGCUUCGCCAGAACUCAAUGGCCUUCUGGGAGUGGGACCAGGGGCCACCCCCUCCUGCACGGCCUCCUAAAAAAUCCUUCUCUGAAUGCUGCCUGAAAUAUAUGCAGGAGGCAAGGAGUCUAGGAAAAAAUUUAAGGCAGCCCAAACUCUCGGACCUCUCUCCAGCUGUGAUUGCACAGACCAACAGUAAAUUUGUGGAAGGAUUGCUGAAGGAAUGUCGCAUGAAGACUAAACGUAUGUUGGUAGAGAAGAUGGGCCAUGAAGCAGUCGAGUUGGGACAUGGAGAAGCCAACAUAACUGGUCUGGAGGAAAAUACAUUGAUUGCUAGUCUCUGUGAUCUGCUGGAAAGAAUCUGGAGUCACGGUCUGCAGGUCAAGCAGGGGAAAUCUGCUUUGUGGUCCCAUUUACUUCAGUACCAGGAGAGAGAAGAGAAGCAAGAGCACAGUGCAGAGUCCCCAGUUGCUGUUGGACCAGAAAGACGGAAGUCUGAUACAGGAAUUACUUUGCCUACUUUGAGGGUUUCCCUGAUACAAGAUAUGAGGCAUGUUCAGAACAUGAGUGAGAUAAAGACAGAUGUGGGGCGAGCCCGAGCCUGGAUAAGGCUUUCUCUGGAGAAGAAGCUUUUGUCUCAGCACCUGAAGCAGCUGCUUUCUAACCAGCCACUUGCCAAGAAACUUUACAAGCGUUAUGCUUUCCUGCGCUGUGAGGAAGAACGGGAGCAGUUUCUGUACCACCUUCUCUCACUGAAUGCUGUGGAUUACUUCUGCUUCACAAGUGUCUUCACCACAAUCGUGAUCCCGUAUAGGUCAGUGAUAAUCCCCAUCAAAAAACUGAGCAAUGCAAUAACCACAUCAAACCCGUGGAUCUGUGUUUCGGGAGAGCUGGGAGACACAGGCGUAAUGCAGAUUCCUAAAAACCUCCUAGAAAUGACAUUUGAGUGCCAGAAUUUAGGAAAGCUGACAACUGUUCAGAUUGGUCAUGACAACUCAGGGCUGCUAGCCAAGUGGCUGGUUGAUUGUGUCAUGGUCAGAAAUGAAAUAACAGGACACACAUACAAGUUUCCCUGCGGGCGAUGGCUGGGAAAGGGCGUUGACGACGGCAGCUUGGAGCGAAUACUUAUUGGAGAGCUGGUGUCCUCCACGUCCGACGAAGAGCUGGGAAAGCAGUGCCGUACCCCACCCCAGCAGAAGUCUCCUACCACAGCUCGGCGGCUGAGCAUCACUUCUCUCACAGGAAAGAACACCAAGCCUAAUGCAGGGCAGAUCCAAGAGGGAAUUGGAGAAGCCGUGAACAAUAUCGUGAAACAUUUUCACAAGCCAGAGAAAGAGAGAGGGAGCCUUACCAUUCUGUUGUGUGGGGAGAACGGUCUGGUCGCGGCUCUGGAGCAGGUCUUCCACCAUGGGUUCAAAUCCGCUCGCAUUUUUCAUAAGAAUGUCUUCAUCUGGGAUUUCAUAGAGAAAGCCGUUGCCUAUUUUGAAACCAGUGACCAGAUUGGAGACAACGAGGAGGCCCUUUUGCUUCAGAGAUCUUCAUGCAAAACCUUCUGCCAUUAUGUGAAUGCCAUCAAUACAGCUCCAAGGAACAUUGGAAAGGAUGGCAAAUUCCAAAUUCUGGUUUGCCUGGGGACAAGGGACCACUUGCUGCCUCAGUGGAUCCCCUUACUGGCAGAGUGCCCGCCCAUCACGAGGAUGUACGAGGAGAACGCUCUCCUACGGGACCGCAUGACUGUCAACUCCCUUAUCCGAGUCCUACAGACAUUGCAAGAUUUCAACAUCGUCCUAGAAGGAUCUCUCAUUAAAGGAGUGGAUGUUUAGCAUGGCUUUGCUGAGAACUUCAUUAUUCCUUUCCCGAGCAAGCAAACCACAAUUGGAGACCUGUCAGGACUUGAACGCGGCGGCAGCGCACCACUACAAGGAAGAGCUGCCGGGAGAAGCGGGAGUGGGAAGCCCGGUUUGUGCCCCACUGGGACUGUCUUCUAAAGCUGCAGAGAGCUCAGAUGCAGUAUUGUAGUUUAUUUGAAACAGAAAUUUAGUAUAAAAUAGAGUAUUUUCAUGUGUCUAGAUGUGUGUAAAUAUGCUAUCUUCUUUAAGAAAUUAUAUUACUCUAAGAAAAUUUUCUUAGACUGAAUGUUCUUGUUCUGACUGUGAGUAGCUGAAACCCAGGGGAAGGGCUGGGGGAGGGAAGGACCGAGGUGGGAAGGGACACCGCUACUUGCUUGCAAGGAAGAAGCCAAUCAACGUGUAAAUACAGCGCAAACUCAGCAGGGCUUUUUUCAGGUAUUGCAAACGAAUACAGCAAAUAUCCUUAUGUAGCCAUCGUGAUCGUCUCACUCUUGGAAAUGUUGUACGUGUACGCUGUUUACCCUCCUGUACGUGGUCUCCCUUUGUUUUUUGUUUGUUCAGAGCCCCAGCCCUUUCCAUGCACAGAAGUUGUGUCGUCUAUUUUUUUCUUUUUUUUUUUUUCUUUUUUUUUCCAUGAGGUCUUUUGUGUCACUUCUGUUGACCUCCAGAAGGGGAGACAGGAGCUGAAAUGCUUAAACACUGGAGAGGUGGGCUGCUGAGCCCCGGAGCCUGGGACCUGUUUGAGUGCUGCUGCUGUGGCCGGAGAUGGGGAACGAUGGCUUGCUUGGUUUGCUCACUGUGUCCCUCGCCUGUCUAUAGUAGUUUGGUGGUUCCCCUCACCCCCUGCCUGUUUGUGUUGUGGAUUGCUUAUUACUUCCCUCCUGCCCCCUAUCGUUUUGAGGAAUUUGGCUUGUACCAAAUUCUUGCUGUACUUGAGAAGAAUCAUUGCUGUAGAGCCACAAACACCGACGUUGCUGUGCUACUGAACUAUCUCAGCUGGUCUUGAAGUGCUGUCAGGUCACUAGUCUUCCUUUAUCCCCCAGAAUGAGCAUUCCGAGAAGUACAGGAUCUCUGAGUUUUACUUUUCUUUUUAACUAUCCAGGUACAAAAAAGGGAAUGAAGCAAAAGGAGAAAAAAGCUGGUAUUUUGAGGAUCCUCCUACAUUCUUUCCAGUUAACGCGUUAGUAAUACAGACUGUGUGUAUAGCUAUGGGUCUUGAGGAACUGGGAGCAACUGAAAUCCUCUGUGCUCAAAAUUUAACAAGAUUACAUUAAAACUGUCAUGUGGCUACCAUGCAGCUAAUACAGAGGGCAUUUUCCUUUCUCGUAGAUGGGAGUUGUAAGUGUCUGAGGGCAUAGUAAACUUCAUCUGUUUUUAGUUCUUGCAGGCUACUUUAAAUACAGGUGUCUGCUCUAACAUGUUCGUUCCCUUUGAUCUCGGCCGUUUCGUCAGUGGAUUUCUGUGGCUGUCUCACAGCGAGAGCCCUCAGCUGUGGCUUGGGAAGGGCCCCGCCUGGCACUGCGAGUGCACAGCACCCCGUGUGUCAGGAGAGGCUGCAGAAUGACGGGCUGUGGCGUGCCAGGUCUCGGCAUGGUGUGCACGUGGUGGAGGAGUGAGGGUGGAGAGAGGGAAAAGGAAAAGGAAAGAGAAUGAAAAUCAGGUUGGCUGUCUCGCCUGACCCCUGUCAAACUUCUCUGCUUUCCUGUGGUCCUUCUGCUGUCCAGUUCUUGGAGCAGCGCUCAUUUUGAUGUUGAAGUUUUACAUCAUAUUCCUGGCCAGAAGAAAACCCUUCGUGUGACUCCAUUUCAGUGGAAGGGAGAGUGUUAUGUUAUAGAAGGGUGAGGGUAGCUUUUUGUUUGUUUGUUUUGUGGGUAUUUUAUUUUAUUUUAUUUUAUUUUAUUUUAUUUUAUUUUAUUUUAUUUUAUUUUAUUUUAUUUUAUUUUAUCUUGAAGACGUUAAAGAAGUCAGGGAGUUGUUGACUUUAAUGGGAGUUUCAGCUUUUAAUAACUGUUCCUCCCUCCUGUGCUUGUACUUCCUUAAACUGACUAAACUCAUCCCAAAUACUGUAGGCAGCGUUGCUGUGACACUUCUGUGGGUGGUGAGUAACUAACAUUAGGGCUGUGAAUGGUGUCAUGAGUUAAUACCCAGAGCCCACGGCUGUGUGACAUCUCUCUUACGUUUCCAGAAUGGUGAAAUUUGGGGUGUUGAGGUUUUCUGAGUGGCCAGACGAGCCUGCUUGAAGUCUGCAGAAGAUGCAUGAUAACCCUUAAGCAGCAAUUGAAAAUGUUUCCCUGCUAUUUAACUCUAUCAACAAAUUAUACAUUUAGCACCAGAAGCCAUGUGGCAGCAUUGUUUGGUAAUGACUGCUUGGGCGAUGUUUUGAUUUCUAUUACAACUCAGGCAUUUUAUGUCUAAUAAUUGCUGUACAUAAUUUUUUCACGCCCAGCCUAAGUGGCUUUCAUUUUGCUGAAAUAACAGCCUCUUUAGUCCCUGGAUUUCGUUGCAGCAGCAUCUGCGUUCUUUAGCUGGGUACUUCUGCAAGUUUACUGCUGCACGGUUCGCAAAGCAGUAUUCAUGACUUCAGCAGUCACAGCAUUCACCCAACACGGCACGGGUUAAGUGCGAGCAGGAUAAAGUAGAAACAUGGGCACCUCUAAAGGUCAUCCAUGGAUGAAUAAACCAUGCACGCUGAUGAGGGCAAUAAGUACACGAAGUCUUUCUUAAGUUAAAAUGAGUCAAAACCUGAGAAAAUUGAAAAUUCAAAACAGGGACUUCCCCUAUUUCAAACUACAUUAAGGAGCGUUUAGCACUUACCUUGGACACGAUUUCACAUCAGCUUUUUUAGCAAGUGUUGACUUGUUUGUUUUUUGUCGGGUUUCGCAUCAGAUUAAUAAUAAUAUGAUAAAAAUGAUGUAUGUCUAAUAUUUCUGUGUAGGCAAUAAAGCACCCCAAGAUACAUCUAAAGGGGCACAGCCGAUGCCUCUGGUUCCUAGAAGACUAGUUAUUUGACAACCUUGGGAGUACGGAUCUUUAUAGUGAAUUUUUAUUCUUUCAUGUAAGAUUUUUUUUUCUUUUUCUGUAGACUACUUUUGUUUAUUGGAAACUGUGAGGCUUUUUCUGUAAGGUUUACAGAAGUCAUUCUGCCCACUCGAAUGGUGAGAAAGCCAUCUAAGCUAACACAGUUUAUACUUCAGUGUUAAAGCACCUUCAUUGGUUGAGAAAGGGAAUCUGGGGAAAGACCAAAGCUCCCUGGCAUCUGCUCUUAAAAAAAAACUAUAGCCUACAAUCCUACUCAGUACCUGUUUGCAAAUGUCAGAGUUUGCCUCGUUCUGUUCCACGAACAUCCAGCACGGUGACUGGAAGGAGUCAGAGAACCCAACGCCUCGCUGUGUACAAAACCUGUAUUUACAAUUCUCGGAAGCGAAUGCGAUUCUGUUUAGUGCAAAAUCUACUCACGUUUAUUCUGGGUUGGCAUGUGUAAUUAGAUAUCAUUGUUCAAAAUUGUCUUUAUAGAAUAGUUGUGUGAAGGUGUAGCUGAGAAAAUUCCUUCUUUCAAUCAAAUGAAGGUGCGCAUCUUCUGGGGAAGUAUUUUGUGUUUCACUUGAAAUGUACAAAUGUGCCCUGUAUAGCUUCAAAUGACCCUUAAAUGUCUCCAUUAAGUAUAUUUUGUCUUUACAUUAUUACUAACUGAAUAAGAACUGGAUUAUUUUCAAGACGACAUUAGUAAAAGUAUUGUUCUAUCAAGCACUUUAACAUACAUAUCACGAACUGACAUGGGUUUUUCAGGUUUUGAAGUACAUUGAAAUACAGCUUUUCAUGCUAUGUCCUUUACAAAUAAAACUGUGAGAAUAA